GCCGGUCUGAAAGAGAAACCCCAGAAAAAGGUUUAGCGAAUGCAUCAUUUGGGCUUAAAGGCAACACACUCCAAAUUGGUUUGUUUCUCAAGGCAAAAUCUUUCAUCUCUCCUUUUCGAAUCUGUAUCACUACGAGGAUCGUUGUAAUGGCGAGUAGAAAGCUGAUUCGAGAUUUAUUCAUCACAAGGCAGCCUCUCUUCCUCCAAUUGACGCAUCAACGGGCAAGUCUAGGGUUUAUGCCAGCCAAUGGGUACUCUAUUAAUCGCAGGUUCAGCAUUUUCAGCGAAUUCUCCAAGAAAAUUAGAGGGGAAGCUGAAAGCAAUCCUGAAUUCCAACGAACAGUGAAGGAGCUCAAGGAAAAGGCAGAAGAGCUUAAAGGUGUCAAAGAGGACCUCAAAGUUAAAACAAAAGAAAAGACUGAGAAGCUCUACAAGCAAGUUGAUGGUGUCUGGACCGAGGCUGAAUCUGUUGCUAAAAAGGUCUCUUCAAGUGUGAAAGACAAGUUCUCAGCGGCCACAGAUGAGGUCAAGGAGUCAUUCAAGCUCGGUAAGGAGGAAAAUGCAGAGUCAGCGAGUUCAUCAGGCACAGGAACCUCCAAAGAGGAAAACCAGCAGCAGCAGCAAUCAGGCACUACAGACGGUCAACAUACAUUAUUUGAAAAAAUAAAAUCAAGGAUUUCUUCGCCGCUUGACCUAGCGAAGAAGGGAAUUGAUAUUGUGAAGGAUGAAUUGCGAGGAGGCUCGCCUAAAAAGAAGCACCUGGAAUACACGCCUCCCCCACCAUUUACAGGCGUGAAAAGUACAAGAACGGAUCUUGUGGUUACUCCAACAAAACAGUCCAAGUGGCAAAAGAAAUGGGAGUCUUUAAGAGAAAAGAUGCAAGCUCAUCCUGCUUUUAAACGUCUAAGCGGGAUAAGCGAGCCUGUUGUCAACAAGAGCCAAGAGAUUGCAGAAGAUGUGGUGGAAAGAUGGGAGACCAGUGACAAUCCCAUUGUUCACAAAAUUCAGGACUUAAAUGAGGCAGUGUUUAACGAAACAGAUUCUGGCUCAACUUACAAGGAGAUACGCCGCAGAGAUCCAUCGUUCUCCUUGACGGACUUUGCUGCAGAAGUUCAUGAAGCCAUCAAACCAGUCUUGAGUGCAUAUAGCAAGGGAGAUGCUGAGAUGUUGAAGAAGUAUUGCUGCCCGGAAGUGAUUGAACGGUGCACGGCAGAGCUUGCAGCUUUAAAAGGCCAUGAUCUUUUUUGCGAUCACAAGAUUCUGCAUAUAUCGGAAGUGGAAGUUGAAGAAACAAAGAUGAUAGGAACUACGCCCACAAUCAUUGUUAGGUUCCAAACACAAGAAAUCUUCUGUGUUCGUGACAAGAAGGGCAACAUCAAAGAAGGAGGCAAGGACACGAUACACUCGGUGUACUACAAGUGGGCAAUGCAACAAGUGGAGGCAGGGGAGGAAUCUAUGUAUCCUAUUUGGAGGCUCAGAGAUAUAUGUAAACUUGGUGCUGCUCAAGCUCUCAUUUAA